AUGUUCAAUUUUUUGAUAUGUGCUGCUCUAUCCCCUUUGCAGGUUGUUCUUUUCCGAGGCUCUGUGUGUAUGAAGCGAGAGCGCAUCACAAUCUUUUCCCCCUCCGACGUGACCUCCCGAGAUACCUUUCUUGCCGAUAUCGUCUACGUUCACGGUCUUGAUUCGAAUCCACUGACAACUACAGAACGCUCAUCUGAAAAGGUGUCAUGGGUUCGUGAUCUGUUACCGAAAGAAAAUUUGAACUGUCGCAUCAUGGCCUUUAAUUACGAUACGAGAUGGAUGAGCAAUGCCCUGAGCAAGUCGUUAAAAGAUUUGGGCGAUGACUUGAUUCACGCUCUCGCCAGUAAGCGAGAGACCCUAGAGGAGAAAAGCCGACCUAUCAUUUUGAUUGGCUAUAGUUUUGGUGGUUUAAUCAUCGACCAGGCUGUGGUGAACAUGGUGCAAAAUAGCGAUUUGGAACCUGAAAUUCUCGAGAGUCUGGGAGGAUUUGUCUUUUUGAGCACGCCGCAUCGAGGUUCAAAACUCACUCCUAUUGGAGAGAUAAUUUCUCUUUUUGGAUACUGGAGGGGUUCAGAUACCGCUCUUUUGAAAGUUAUGAAAGUUGGCUCAGAUGCUAGUGACGACUUAUACGAUCGAAUUCACUCUUUUAUCUACGAAAAGGAUAUGUCUCGCAAGACUCUUUGCGUUUUUGAAGCUCAGAGAGAAUUUCUAUGGGGCAUAGCAAUCACCCAUGUGAGCUUUCAAAUCCCCCGCAUAUGCGAUAUGCAACUUAUAUAA